UGCCCGGUCGGAUGGUGCUGGUCAUCACCACUCUCCUGACGCUCACAGCACUCUUCAGCGCCAAUGUCCAAGGAAUGCCUGAAGUCAGCUACGUCAAGGCGAUAGACGUCUGGACACUGGCAUGCAUCGUCUUCGUCUUCGGGACAAUCUUGGAAUACAUUGUCGUUCUCAGGCUAUCAACACAUAACAAUACCGCCACGGUUGCACCAAAGGAACAAAACAAGGCGAAGACGCUGAAGGGCAACUGGACGAUGACGGGCGCCGAGAAGGCCGAUCGUCUGGAGCGGUUCUCCCGAGUGGCCUCCGUGGUGGCCUUUGCCAUCUUCAACAUCGCCUACUGGGCCUACUACCUGGGCUGAUCAGUGAUCAUCCGGUGUUGACAAACAGACUCGCUGUCCGGGCGGACCGUCAAACGGCUAUCAAUUACUGGAACUGUGCAGCGUGGAGCUGCAGGUGGAGCUAUCAGCGGCCCGAAUUGACACCGUGCGGAACUAACACUGCGUGUAGCUGUCACUGGGUGGCGCGGUGCAGGUCCACGGACUGUGGAUAUUGAGACGCUGAGCGUCACUGUGCAGCGCUGUGCACGUCUGUGGACGGUGGAUAAUGAGUGCCACUGGAUAGUCAAAUGUGUCCCUCGAUGGAGCUGUCACCGAAUGACGAUCUGCCUCCGAGGUAUCACUUAUACGAGCCAAUGAUCACCGGUAAAAAGGACGUGCAUUCAAAAGGAGGAAAGGCUGCGCCAGUGGCUCAUGCUAUGUAACCGAGCGUUAGUUGUUUAAUGUAGUGAAAACACAACUUAUCUAAA